AUGUUGUGUUAUUGGGGGGCACCGGUCAGAGAGGGCCUCGGGUUGUUACAGCCUGGCUAUGUCAAACAUGCGGAUAGUGGUGGAAUACACAUCAUUUGUCCAAAAACUGAAAUUCGGGACAUCUCAGCGGGAAAGCGCUUUAUUGGAUUCAUCCGGGAUGGGAAGGUCUCGAUCCUGAAACUGCGCACUGAAGACAAUGGUCAUGAUGGCAAACUAAAACAACUACAGAUAAAGAAAGAUAAAAUCAGAUCAAUUGUCUGUGGGGGAGCUGGGGCGGUCCUGCUUGCUUAUGGAGGAAAAGUUCUCAUUAUGGACAACUCUUCUAUGUGCACUCCUCUCAAAGGCCUGGAAAACAGGAAGGUGAUUCAGAUCGCAUGUGGAGACCAGCAUUCAAUGGCACUAACCGAUGAUGCUCAGUUGUUUGUAUGGGGUGAGAACUCUCACGGUCAGCUGGGUUUGAAGGAAGGACGAUCUGGCUCUUUGACUGCUCAACAUGUUCAGAGUCUGAGUGGGAUUCCUCUGGUCCAGAUCAGCGCUGGAGGAGACCACAGUUUCGCCUUGUCUAUCUCUGGAGUUGUGUUUGGCUGGGGGAAGAACAAUGCUGGACAGCUGGGCCUAGGAGACACCACAGACAGGUACGUCCCAACAGUUGUAAACAGCCUGAACCAGAAGAAAACUGUGUUCAUCUCUUGUGGAGGGGAACAUACUGCCACUUUAUCAAAGGGAGGCACUGUGUUCACAUUUGGAUCUGGACGUUUUGGCCAACUUGGGCACAACUCAAUUACAGAUGAACAUCAUCCACAGGUGGUCGAUAAACUGUGCGGAUCUAAAGUGUCUCGGAUCACAUGUGGAAGAAAUCACACACUUGUGUUAGUGGAAUCGUCAAAGCUGAUCUAUUCAUUUGGAUGUGGGACACAAGGGCAGCUGGGAAAUGGACAAAUGAGUAAUCAGUCUGUGCCAUUACCUGUGGAGCUGCCUAUUGAAUCUAAUCACAAAUGUGCAAUUGAAAAACUCAUUGCUGGGGAGAACCAUUCUUUUGCAUUGUGCUUCAAGAAACUUGGGAAUGAAUCAGCAAAGCCAAAACCCAAUCUGGACAGAGGGGUUUGGACAUUAAAUGAAAGAAGGAUUGAACUAUGGGUGACCGAAAGUUAUUCAAAGUCAUGGAGAACAAUCAAGAAGGAAAUUAACAAAGUGUUCUCAUCCGCUGCCUGUCUGAAUGGAAGUUUUCUCAAAACAAGUUGUGACAAACAUUACCAGACAUCUGUUGAGUUCUGCGGUUUGGAUUUCAACCUGGUCAGAAAAUCUUUUGCAGAGAUGUCAGAGAAGGAAAGAGUGAUAUCAGAGGUAUUGAAGGUGGUUCAGCAUACACUGCUGCCUUCUCUGAACACAACCCCAGCUGGUGUUGAAGAUCUGAGGCUUUACCUUCUCCUCCCUGAACUCAUCAGCGUUCUCCAGAAACCACAAAGAACUGAACUCACUGAAGCACUGGCCUCCAAAAUCCUUCGGCUGAAUCCUGCUGCACUGAGGGUGUUAGAUAUGUACUGGUCCAGACUCCCUCAUGAUUGUCUCCAAGGGAUGGUGAAGUUAUUUCGUAAGGCAUCUGCCAAGUUGAUUGGCAGUAUUGCUGUUGAAAGCAUGACGUGUGACAUACCGACACGCUUGCAGAAAUGCGUGCAGGUCCUUCAGAUGCUCUAUAAGGUCUGCUGCAGUACCCACAAUGACAUCACAAAGACUGAUUUCAUCAUUCACGAGAUCAAUGAUUUGCUUGAGACAGUGAGAACCCCAAAAAUAUUACAAGAUAUCUUAGGGAAACUGAAAUAUAAAAUAAUUCUUCUUUUGUCACUUCCAUGCAUCUUUAACCUAGAAGCCAAAUGCAGCUUUCUGAAAAACAAAAUAUGGCAGGGGUCAUACCAACUGAUUUUGAGACGCACAGCACUAGUGGACGAUUGUUUCUCUCUGUUGAGAAAUAGCAACGAGGAAUAUCUCAAAACAAGAUGGCUGAGUGUGGUUUUCACAGAUGAUAUGAAUCAUUCAGAUGUCAACAAGAGAGACUUUUUUAAGAAAGUGUUUGAAGAGUUGUGUGCACCAGCUUCUCAGAUGUUCAAGGGUGAUUGCAGAACUAUGAUCUGGUUCCCAACAAGGCCAAGUAUUGAGAAGGAGAGGUACUUCCUGUUUGGGAUCCUGUGUGGAUUGGCCUUCAACAACAACUGUGUUGUGGACCUGCCCUUUCCUUUAGCCUUGUUCAAGAAACUUCUCAACGUCAAGCCAUCUCUUAAAGACUUGAGCGAGUUUGACCCGGUUAUUAGCAAGAGUUUGCAGUACAUUCUGGACUACAGCGAUGAUGUUGAAGAAAUGGACAUGAAUUUCAGGAUCGAAUGGGAUGGAACAGAAGUGGAAUUGGAUCCCGCUGAGCCAGGAAAAAUCGUCACAAAUGACAACAGGAAAGACUUUGUGGACAAGUAUGUGGAUUAUGCCCUGAAUAAGUCUGUGGAGGAAGUGUUUGAAGAAUUCAGGAGAGGUUUCUUCAAAGGGUGUGAGAGUCACAUUGUGGAGAUGUUUGAACCAAUGGAGCUGAGAGGAGUGAUGGUGGGCAAUAAAGACUAUGACUGGGACACACUCAAGAAGGAAACCAGAUAUGAAGGAUUAUUUGAUGAUGAACAUCCAACCAUCAUCUCAUUCUGGGAGGUGUUUGAUGAACUAACAUCAAGGGAAAAGAAGGCCUUUCUAUUGUUCUUGACAGGGUUUGAGCGAGUGCCAUUUCUUGGUAUGAGUCAGGUGAAUAUGAGAGUCAGAGACUUGCACAACUCUACUCAGGACCAUCUACCAAAGGCUCUGACCUGCCACUCCCUGCUGGAGCUUCCUGUUUAUCAGAGCAAGACAACACUAAAGAAGAAACUAAUAGAGGCCCUCAACCACAAGAGAGGGUUCUGGGAGGAUUGAGAUUGAUGCUUUAAACAUUUUUAUCUUACCUGUGGUCCACUGUGCAAAUGCAGAUAGCUCUCAGGAAAUAAUUAUCCAGACGGUGUUGUAUGCGAUUGCAGCUGUUUUGCUAACUCCUUCCAUUUUGCUAACUGGUACCACAUGCCCUUCCUGCAAAAUCUGCCCUUUAAAGACAUGUCAGAAAAACCAACCACUAAGCAAAAUUAUUACAAAGGGAGGUAUUUGAAAUGGCAUACUUUUAUAUUUCUGCCAUAUACAGAUAUAUGGGUCGUAUGCCAUUCUGAACUCGGCUUAGGACUGCCACAGAGAAAUGUAUGAGCACCCAUUUGAGUGAUAUAUGUCAGAGAG